AACAUAACUUUGGUUUUAUUUUAAGAGAGAGGGGGAAAGAAUCAUGGCUUUUUGACACUUGUUUCUCGACCAUGUUGCUAGCUGUCUACGGAAGAGUAAGCAGCAGGAAAGCUGGAAAUUUACCAUGGCAUCAUGGGUACCAGUACCACUACCACAGCAGAUGGGUCCUGGCCUGGCCCACGAACUCUGCAAGGUUCCUUCUCCCUUGCGCCCUGCUAGACCAGACCAGAGGACGAGAUGUGAGCACGCCAUUUCAAUUCAAUUCAAGGGCGCAUGAACGAAGCCCACUCGGCGCUCCAAAGAAUCGAUUCCCACGACCGAUCGAUCGAUCGCCAGCCAGCUUUUAGAUUUGCCCCUGGCACUGGCAGGCACCGUCGUUCGAUCGCCUUUGCACACAUAUGCACGAUCCCUCGUGCUUUCCUCUCGUUUGCCAGCUUCCCGCGAAAGAACACUCCCUUCGGCUGCAGCCUCACGCUCUCCUCCUCUCAACAAGAAGGCGCAGGCAGGGGGGCAGGGUUUAGGCUAGCUAGCUAAGCUUGGUAGAGGCCUCAAGUUCAAGUAUACCUUCCUUGUCGCCGGGUUCACCACCGACGCGGCCGCGGCGGACGCUUUGCCUUCCCUCCCGGCUCCCGCCACGAUCCCCCUCCCCCCUGUGUACAGUACAGGCGCAGCCGCAGGGCCAUCGGCCAGACGCUUGCCUGCUCAAAAAGUUGCUCUGUGGUCUGCAUGCCGUUUGCAGAUGAAUGAAGCAGCCUGCGGGGAUUCUAGCCUAGGUGUCAUAUAAGUGCCUCGCGCGCCAUUGUUACCGAGCCAACCAGCUUCUCAAGUUUCAACAAUAGGUUCGGAGCAAGCACGUAUAGUAGGUGAGGUCAACAUCAGUGCAAGGUCGGGGCUCACCAGCUAGCAGCGGCGACCAAAUGGCCCAGGGGCACGGCGGCGACCCGCACCACGAGGACUUCCAGCUCAAGGACACCAACCCGCUGCUGGGCGAGCAAUGGCCCAAGGGCGCGGCGGGCCCGGUGCGACCCGCGGGCGGCGGGAUCGCCGGCUGGCUGGGCGUGGACAAGCCGUCGAGCACGUACGACCUGGUGGAGCAGAUGUUCUUUCUGUACGUGCGCGUCGUCAAGGCCAAGGACCUUCCCCCCAACCCCAUCACCGGCGCGCCCAUGGACCCCUACGUCGAGGUCCGCCUCGGCAACUACAAGGGCAAGACGCGCCACUUCGACCGCCGCGCCAACCCGGAGUGGGACCAGGUGUUCGCCUUCUCCAAGUCCCGCGUCCAGUCCAACGUCCUGGAGGUCUUCCUCAAGGACCGCGAGAUGCUGGGCCGCGACGACUACGUCGGCAAGGUCACCUUCGACCUGGCCGAGGUGCCCACGCGGGUGCCCCCCGACAGCCCGCUGGCCCCGCAGUGGUACCGCCUGGAGGAGCGGCGCGGGGAAGGGGGCAAGGUGCGCGGGGAGCUGAUGCUGGCCGUCUGGAUCGGGACGCAGGCCGACGAGGCGUUCCCGGAGGCGUGGCACUCCGACGCCGCGGCCGUGCGCGGGGAGGGCGUCGCCAGCGUGCGCUCCAAGGCCUACGUGUCGCCCAAGCUCUGGUACCUCCGCGUGAACGUGAUCGAGGCGCAGGACGUGCAGCCGCAGGAGCGGGGGCGCGCGCCGGAGGUAUUCGUGAAGGCGCAGGUGGGCAACCAGAUCCUCAAGACGUCGGUGGCGGCGCCCACGCCCACGCUGAGCCCGCGGUGGAACGAGGACCUGGUCUUCGUCGUCGCCGAGCCGUUCGAGGAGCAGCUGGUGCUGACGGUGGAGGACCGGGUGUCCCCGCGCAAGGACGACCUGCUGGGCCGCGCCGUGCUGCCGCUCACGCUCUUCGACAAGCGCCUGGACCACCGCCCCUUCGUGCAGUCCCGCUGGUUCGACCUCGAGAAGUUCGGCGUCGGGGCGGCCAUCGAGGGCGAGACGCGGCGGGAGCUCCGCUUCGCCAGCCGCGUCCACGUGCGCGCCUGCCUCGAGGGCGCCUACCACGUCAUGGACGAGUCCACCAUGUACAUCAGCGACACCCGCCCCACGGCGCGCCAGCUGUGGAAGCCGCCCGUCGGCGUGCUCGAGAUCGGCAUCCUCGGCGCGGCCGGGCUGCAGCCCAUGAAGACCCGCGACGGCCGCGGCACCACCGACGCGUACUGCGUCGCCAAGUACGGCCAGAAGUGGGUGCGCACCCGCACCAUGAUCGGCAGCUUCGCCCCCACGUGGAACGAGCAGUACACGUGGGAAGUGUUCGACCCCUGCACCGUCAUCACCAUCGGCGUCUUCGACAACUGCCACCUCGGCGGCGGCAGCAACGGCGGCGCCGGGCAGCCGGCGAGGGACGCCCGCAUCGGCAAGAUCCGCAUCCGGCUGUCGACGCUGGAGACCGACCGCGUGUACACGCACGCGUACCCGCUGAUCGCGCUGCAGCGGUCCGGGGUGAAGAAGAUGGGGGAGCUCCGUCUGGCCGUGCGCUUCACCUGCCUGUCGCUCAUGAACAUGGUGCACCUGUACACGCAGCCGCUGCUCCCCCGGAUGCACUACCUGCACCCGUUCACGGUGACGCAGCUGGACGCGCUGCGGUACCAGGCGAUGGGCAUCGUGGCGGCGCGGCUGGGGCGCGCGGAGCCGCCGCUGCACCGGGAGGUGGUGGAGUACAUGCUGGACGUGGAGUCGCACAUGUGGAGCAUGCGGCGGAGCAAGGCCAACUUCUUCCGCGCCGUGUCGCUCUUCUCGGGCGUCGCCGGCGCCGCGCGGUGGUUCGGCGACGUGUGCCGCUGGAGGAACGUGGCGACGACGGCGCUGGUGCACGUGCUGCUGCUCAUCCUGGUGUGGUACCCGGAGCUGAUCCUCCCCACCGUGUUCCUCUACAUGUUCCUCAUCGGGCUCUGGAACUACCGGCGCCGGCCGCGCCACCCGCCGCACAUGGACACCAAGAUGUCGUGGGCGGAGGCGGCGCACCCGGACGAGCUGGACGAGGAGUUCGACACGUUCCCGACGUCGCGGCCGCAGGACGUGGUGUACAUGCGGUACGACCGGCUGCGGAGCGUUGCCGGGAGGAUACAGACGGUGGCCGGCGACAUGGCCACGCAGGGGGAGCGCCUGCAGUCGCUGCUCGGCUGGCGCGACCCGAGGGCGACGUGCCUCUUCGUCGUGUUCUGCCUCCUCGCGGCGGUGGUGCUCUACGUCACGCCGUUCCGCAUCGUGGCGCUCGUCGCGGGGCUCUACGUCCUGCGCCACCCCAGGUUCCGGAGCAGGCUGCCUUCCGUGCCCAGCAACUUCUUCCGCCGCCUGCCGUCGCGCGCGGACAGCAUGCUUUGAACCCCCGAUCGAGAAUAGAAUGCUACGGAUUCACAAAUCACAAUGCUCUCUUCUUCAGUCGAGAAUGUUUGCUUCGUUUUCCAUUUUAUAUUUUGUCUUUGAACGUGCGUGUAUGCUGCUAAUCUUGGGUGUCUUGAGAUUUGAUGAAGUUACGGUGUUUAUAUCUCAGGAAUAAGGACGAAUGGAUGACCGCAUUUUUUGGACCUUAUAGAACAAGUCCACCAAA